AUGACAUCUCCUAGCGAGCGUGUCAGGCGUGCGCACCCAGCAGAGGUUGCUCCCCAUCCUUCUGAGCUGCGCAAUCCCAUACUCUACAAUGACGAUCACCAUCCCCUGCUCAAGCCAGAGAUCGUCGCCAUCGUUCUCCAGCACAUCAACGACGACGAAACUAAUGAUGAAGACAACGACGACCCUAAAGUCCAAAGCAUCGCCGAAAGCAUCAGAGUCUGCCGCAAGUGGUGGAUCGAGAGUCAUCACCUUCUCUGGCAUCGAGUUCAACUUCGCGACCUCCUGUUCUACGUGCAAGAUCCCAUGCGCCGCCGCCACUACGCCUCUCUUGUUCGAAGACUCGACUUCAAGCCCGAUGACACCACUCUGUCGACCGAAGAGAUGGCGGAUGCAGCGCUGAGCUUUCCUCGUCUUCAUUCUGUCUACAUCAACGAGACGAACAUGCUCAAUGUCCGCCCCGAGAACAUUUCCGCCCUGAUGUCACCUAGUCUGCGACUGUGGUCUGUCGACAACGACUCCGACACAUCAUCUAAUCGGAACUACAACAGAGACAGCAGAAUCUACUUGCACGCUCUUCUUGAAGUCUGCGGCGGCUUGACACAGCUGGACUUUGACACUAACUUCGUUAUUCACAAGCUGCCUCUAGUCCUCUCAAUUCUAGAGCGCAUCGACUCCAUCGAGGUCCUCAACCUUGGCGAUGUCGCAGAGUAUCUUGCGAACAAAUGUCCACAAGAUUUCUUUUCGAGGUUGUUCAACAAGCCACGACUGGCCGAGGUGGACUUCCCGCACGCAACAUCGUUCUCCCAAGUCGAGGUCGAUACGUUCCUCGACAAAAUGGGUCGGACCUGGACUAUGCCCUCACUUGAGUCACUUGCAAAGCCCAAAUUCGACACUGGUACUGCAGCAGCUCGCCUUCUCAGCCGUAUGCCCAACCUGGUCAACAUUUGGCUCCAUGUGGACGGCCGGCACAACGACAUUGAUCGACUCUUCAUCGCAGCUGGUAGGCUGGAGAAUCUGGAGCUGCUAGACGUGGGCUUAAGCAUGUAUCGUUGCAACUUCGAUGGCUCGUGGCUUCUUCAGCUCACUAGCCUGGAGCAUCUCAGUGGUUUUGCUCUUGAGGUACAAAACCCAGGCGCGAUCUCUCUGACUGGCGCGCAGCUGGCGCAAUUCUUGACCAGCCUUCCCAAGCUUGAGCUCUUGGUUCUCAAUCUGCGCUUUGCCAUUGUGUGGUGCUCGCCGGAAGAGAAGAUUGCUAUCGAAGAAGCAAUCGCCAAAAUUGAAACAGUGAAACUCCCUGGCAUGACCUUUGCCGUGGAGCAGUCAGUCUGA